AUGGGUGCCCAGAGAUCUUUCUUUGAGAAGGUCAAAGCACUCUCUGAAGUGUUGCAGGAGAUGGGCAACCCAUUCCAAGAAGAGUCAGCUGACCUACUAGUGCUAGACACAAAGAAUGUUGCAGACCCAGCUCUUGCCGAAAUGACAGUGAACCAAGGGGACACAGUCAUCAUAGAUGGCUCAGCACUAAUCAAUACCCUACCUCCACGCACCUCAAAGACAUUUGAUGACUACGCUAAAGAAGACAUCAUCCAGAAAGUGGAAUCCUAUGGUGCGAAGUACAAAAGGGUGGACAUAGUGUUUGAUGUGUACAAGACAUCAAGUUUGAAAUCUGAAACCAGGUCAAAAAGGGGGCAAGGAAUGAGAAGAAGAGUGACAGGAACAAGUAAGACCCCAAAUAAUUGGAGAAGCUUUCUUCGAGAUGACAGCAACAAGACUGAGCUGUUUCACUUCCUUGCAGACAAGAUCCGUGAAGCACAGACAACAAGCACACUCAUUCUAACAAAAGGAGAAGAUGCCAUUAGCAACACAAGGAAGCCCCUCGAUGCUCUGUCUCCAUGCUGUCAUGAAGAAGCUGACACGCGAAUAUUUGUACAUGGCAGGGAUGCAACAGCAGAUUGUAUCAAGUCCCUCAUCAUCAAGGCUAAUGACACAGACAUCCUCAUCAUUGCAGUAUCUGUACUGCCAUCCUUACAGGAACUUGGUCUUGAGAACAUGUGGAUUGCUUUUGGCCAAGGAGCCAAUGUUCAAUGGAUUCCAGUUCAUGAGGUAGUUUCUGCAAUAGGGCCUGAAAAAGCUAGUGGAAUACCAUACUUUCAUGCAUUCACUGGAUGUGAUGUUGUGUCUGCCUUCCGUGGUAAAGGGAAGAAGACUGCAUGGCAGACUUGGAACAUCUGUGAUGAGGUUUCUGAAACCUUCACCAAUCUCAGCCAGCAUCCAACAUCAGUUAGUGAUUGUGAUCUGCAACAUCUGGAGAGAUUUGUUGUCCUGAUGUAUGAUAGAUCAAGUGCAGCCACUGGUGUGGAUGAAGCAAGACCGGAUCUCUUUGCCCGCAAGCAGAGGCCGUACAACUCAAUUCCACCAACACAGGCAGCACUAAGAGAGCAUGCCAAGCAUGAUGCUUAUCAGGCUAGGAUUAUCUGGGGCCAGGCUACCAUCUUCAGGUCAGACACCAGCAGUCCUGCUGACUGGGGGUGGACACAGAAAGAGGCUAAGUCUUCAGUCAACAUCAUCCCUUCUAUGUCCAAAAUUCACGAGAUAGCAGUAUCUGUAUUUCCUGUCCUGGUAGGUGUGAGCCCUGUCCACAAUGGUCAGGUUUGCAGUACAUGGGGCAACUUCCACUUCAAGACGUUUGAUGGAGAUGUCUUCCAGCUGCCCUCCACCUGCAACUAUGUCCUGACCUCGCUAUGCAGGAGCAGCUACAGGGAAUUCAAUGUCCAAAUGAGACGGCAGGUGGUCAACGGCUUUCCCAUCAUAAGCAACAUCAUCAUGAAGCUGGAUGGAGCGGUGCUGGAGCUUUCCAAGGGCUCAGUGCUCAUCAACAGCAAGACGGCUGUUCUUCCAUUCAGCCAGUUUGGGGUCUCCAUUGAGCGGACCCCCACCUACAUCAAAAUCAAAGCAAAGCUUGGAUUGGUUGCCAUUUGGAAUGAGGAGGAUUCUUUGCUGGUGGAGGUAGACCAGAAGUACAAGAACCAGACCUGCGGUCUCUGUGGAGACUUCAAUGGAGUCCAGCUCUACAACGAAUUCUACAGCCAUGGUGUCCAAAUGUCCUCCAUGGAUUAUGCCAGUUUUUGGAAGAUGGAUGGGCCCACGGAGAGCUGCUCGGACUACACCAUAGCCUCCACUGAAAGUUGCAACAACAUGAAAGCGCUGUGUGAGCAGAUCCUUACUGGGCCAGCCUUCAGUACCUGUCAAGGUCUGCUGGAUGUCACCUCCUUCACUGGCAUCUGUGUUGCAGACCUCUGCCACUGUGGCAACAACACGGAGAACACCGCCCAUCCGUUCUGCCUCUGUAACACCAUCGCUGAGUUCUCUAGGCAGUGUGUCCACGCUGGGGGCAAGCCCAGACAAUGGAGAGCCAAAGAGCUCUGCUGGAAAUCAUGUCCCUACAACAUGGAAUUCCUGGAGUGUGGCAGCCCCUGUGCCGAUACCUGUUCCAACCCCGAGGCCAGCCAGACCUGUGAAAACCACUGCACUGAUGGAUGCUUCUGCCCUGCAGGCAUGGUGCUGGAUGAUGUGACCAACAAGGGCUGCAUUCCGCUGAAGAGCUGCUUCUGCAGCUACAAUGGCAAGACCUAUAAACCCGGAGAGUCCUAUUCCAGCAACUGCAAAAAAUGUGUGUGUGAGGGUGGUCAGUGGAGCUGUACAGAGAAGAACUGUCCAGGGACGUGUUCUGUGGAGGGAGGAGCUCACAUCAACACCUUCGAUGGCAAAGUCUACACCUUCCAUGGAGACUGCUCCUAUGUACUGGCCAAGGACUGCAGUGGAGGCCGGUUUGUGGUCCAGGGAGACCUGGUUCAAUGUGGACUGACUGACAGCGAGACCUGCCUCAAGUCUGUUACACUCGCCUUGACUGAAGCCUCUACUGUGAUCACCAUCCAGUCCAGCGGGAAAAUCUUGGUGAACGGCGUCUUUUCUCAGUUGCCCUUCUCUGCUGCUGCAGUCUGGGUAUUCAGAGCCUCCUCUUUCUACCUGGUCAUCCAGACCUCAGUGGGUCUACAGCUGCAGGUGCAGCUACAACCCAUAAUGCAGCUUUACAUCAAAGCCACCAACGAGUACCAGGAACAGACCUGCGGUCUUUGUGGGAACUUCAACAAAAACCAGGCUGACGACUUUCUGAAGCUCAGCGGCAUUGUCGAAGCCACGGCUUCUGGUUUUGUAAACAGCUGGAGGACACACGCCAGCUGCCCUGAAAUCAAAACCAACUUUGAGAACCCCUGCAGUCUUAGCCUGGACAACGAAAAAUACGCACAACACUGGUGUUCUAUGCUGAGCAGCCCUCAUGGGGUUUUUGCCCCCUGUCAUUCUGAAAUCAGCCCCGAGUCUUACAGAGACAACUGCAUGUAUGACAGCUGCACCUGUGAGAACAGUGAGGACUGCAUGUGUGCUGCCGUGUCCGCCUACGUGCACGCCUGUGCAGCAGCAGGUGUGCAGCUGAGUGGCUGGAGAAAGCUGAUGUGUGAUAAGUAUGCUGGCUCCUGUCCCGGCUCCAUGGUGUACAGCUACAGCAUCACCCGCAGCACUGCCAGCUGCCGCUGCCUGGGCCACUCAGAGCCGUUCUGCAGCAUUGCCUUCCCACCACUGGAUGGAUGCGUCUGCGCAGACGGAAUGUAUGUGGACGAGAGCGGGAAGUGUGUGCCUCCUAGUCAGUGUCCCUGUUUUGACAAGGGUGUGAUGAUCCCUCCUGGCCAGGUCGUCAGCAGCGAUGGAGUCAUGUGCACCUGUAAGGAGGGGAAACUCAGCUGCAUGGGAGACUUUCACAUACAACCAUCCUGCAUUGCUCCCAUGGUAUUCUUCAAUUGCUCUGCUGCUGAUCCAAAUGCAAAAGGGUCUGAGUGUCAGAAAAGCUGCAACACUUUGGACAUGGCCUGUGUGAGCACAAAAUGCAUCUCCGGCUGUGUGUGUCCAUCUGAGAUGGUGUCAGAUGGCAAAGGAGGCUGCACAAAGCCAGAAGCCUGUCCCUGUGUCCACAACGGAGCCCCCCACCCACCGGGAGCCAGCAUGAAGGUGGACUGCAACACCUGCACCUGUAAAGACAGGAAGUGGGAGUGCACCAACAACCUGUGCCAUGGAAGCUGUUCUGUGUAUGGUGAUGGACACUACAUCACCUUCGAUGGGAAACGCUUUGACUUUGAUGGCAGCUGUGAAUACACACUCACACAGGACUUCUGUGGCAGCGGCACAGGGAACGGCACCUUCAGAGUGGUCACAGAGAACAUCGCCUGUGGAACCACAGGAACCACCUGCUCCAAAGCUAUCAGGAUUUUCCUGGGGAACAGAGAGCUGGUUCUAACAGAGCAGAGCUACCACGUCCUUCCUAAUGACAGAGAAGAAACAAUACCAUACCAGAUUACUACCAUGGGCAUCUACCUGGUAAUUGAAGCCAGGAAUGGACUUCUCCUCAUGUGGGACAGGAAAACUAGCAUCUUCAUCAAGCUCAGCCCGCAGAAUAAGGGUCAUGUGUGUGGACUGUGUGGCAACUAUGAUGGCAUUGCAAAUAAUGACUUCACUACAAGGAGCCAUGCUGUGGUCGUCAACCCUCUGGUCUUUGGUAACAGCUGGAAGGACAUUCCCAGCUGCCCUGAUGCUCAGAUCAAGAAGAACCCAUGCACUGUAAACCCUUACCGACAGUCCUGGUCCCAGAAACAGUGCAGCCUCAUACAGAGCCAAGUCUUCUCAGCCUGCCACUCAUUGGUUGAUCCCACUCCAUACUAUGAUGCAUGUGUGUUUGACUCAUGUGCAUGUGAUACUGGUGGAGACUGUGAGUGUUUCUGUACUGCUGUGGCAGCAUAUGCUGAAGCCUGCAAUGAAGCUGGAGCCUGCAUUAAAUGGAGAACUCCAAACAUCUGCCCUCUUUUUUGUGACUACUAUAAUUCCCCGGGAGAAUGUGAGUGGCACUACAAGCCAUGUGGAUCUCCUUGUAUGAAAACAUGCAGGAACCCAUCAGGAAAAUGUUCCUCACAGAUUCCUCCUCUAGAAGGUUGUUAUCCAAAGUGUCCGCCAUCUCAGCCGUACUUCAACGAGGAUACUAUGAAGUGUGUUUCAGAGGAAAAAUGUGGCUGUUACGAUAAAGAAGGAAGACACUUUGACAAUGGUGACAAAGUGCCAACAACCGCAAACUGUCAAACAUGUUACAACAACGACAACUUCAACACAUCCUCCUACCCCAAGCACAGCCCCUUUUGUCUUUACUUCUCCUACAACCGAACAACCAAAAACAGCACAGAGGAGUGCAUCACACUGAAUCCUAUCAGAAAGAAUGGAGAACGUUGGAAGGAAAGCAAUUGCGUAAUAGGAAUAUGUCAUGAUGGACAUGCAGUUUAUGAACAUACACACUGUGAGCCUGUGGUGCCUGUCGUGUGUGAAAACAAUUUCCCCCCCAUCAAAGUGUAUGAUGAGUCUAAAUGCUGCUACCAGUACCAGUGCCAAUGUGUCUGCUCUGGUUGGGGAGACCCUCACUAUGUCACCUUUGACGGUACCUACUAUGACUUCCAAGGCAACUGUUCAUAUUGGUUAGUGAAAGAGAUCGUGCCCAAACACAACUUCAGUGUUGUGAUCCACAACUACUACUGUGAUUCACGUGACGGCCUGUCCUGUCCUCAGUAUCUCAUCGUCUAUUACCAGGACUACAAGAUCAAUCUAACCCAGGAAAAUAUAAAGGGACAUUUCAUAAACAUGAUUCAUGUGAAUGGCAAGCGUGUGCAUCCUGCAUACCAGACCAAUGACUUUCGCAUCACCACCAACGGAAUCAACACACUGGUGGUCAUUCCUGACAUUGGUGCCAAAGUCACCUUCACAGGCCUCAUGUUCAACAUCUACCUGCCUUAUGACAAGUUCAACGGCAAUACCGAGGGCCAGUGUGGUACAUGUGACAACAACCGCACUGAUGACUGCAUGUUGCCCAGUGGCAAAAUUGAUCCCUCAUGUUCAAAUAUGGCCCAUGAAUGGCACCUUAACAACAGUGUCUGUGUCUCGCCACCCCCCCUGCCAACUGAGCCUACACCUGUUCUCUGCAAAGCACCCAUCUGCAACAUCAUCAAGAGCAGUGUCUUUGAGGCUUGCCACAAGGUGGUUCCUUAUGAGCCGUUCAUGGUAGCUUGCGAGUUCGACAUGUGCCACAUGCACAUAGACUUGAUUGGCUGCAUCAGCUUGAAGACCUAUGCCGACACCUGUGCUGAAGCUGGGGUGUGCGUGAACUGGAGGAAUGCCACUGAUGGACUCUGUGAAUAUAGGUGCCAGAGUCCCAAAGUGUACGAGGCCUGCGGUCCUAUGGUGGAAAGUACCUGUGAUUUCAGGUACAAUCAUAUCUUUAUCGACACCAGCAACGAAUUCAGUGCCUUGACAGAUGUGAAGACAGAAGGUUGCUACUGCCCAAAAGGCACCACCCUACUCAGUACCUCCUCCAACAUAUGUGUUCCCAGCUGCGAAAUUUGCUUGUUACCAAACGGAGACUGGAAGAAGGCCAGUGAGACAUGGACAAAGGGCUGUGAGGAGUGUACCUGCGAGGAGAGCGUCCUACAAAUCAGCUGUCGAAAUGUGUCAUGUCCGUCAGCAGCACCGCUGGCCUGUAACCAGGAGGGCCAGGUCAUGGUGACGGAGCCUGCAGGCUGCUGCAAAACACACAAGUGUGUUCCUAAAAAUGAUGUGUGCAUUUUCCAAAACCACGAGUACCAGGUUGGAGACCAGGUGAAUAAAGGCCCAUGCGAGCACUGCACUUGUCAGAUAGACCCCAGCAGCCAUCUGCCGCACAUAGACUGUCAGCCUGUUCCCUGUGACAGGAACUGCCCGGUGCCAGGUGACAUUUGGAGCCCUGCAGGACAGCCUUGCGACAAGUACGAGUGUGUGAAAAUCAUGAAUCAAUACGUCACAAUUGAGGCCAAGAUCAUCUGCCCACCCUAUGACCCCAAGAACUGUAUAGCUGUCUUCAUCCAAAUCGUCCCUGCAGUGUGA